GCUCGGACCCUCGUCGCCCGCCCCCCGGCUCGCCCCGCCAGUCCCCGGCCGACUGCUCCGACGACGGCGGCGGCGGCGACAGCGGCGGCGGCUACUGCGGUAGCGACUGCGCCAGCGAGCGACGGAGACGCGGCGAGACCGGCCGCCAUGGAGCCGCGCGACCGCUACCACGAGCUCUGCAGGCUCUGCGCCUCUUACGACGCCGUCAAGAUGGAUAUCUUCGGCCAGGAGGGCCGCAACCGCCAGCUCGUCGACAAGAUCGAGACCUGCUUGCCCUUCAAGAUCGCCGAGGAUGACCGCCUGCCGAAGUGUCUGUGCUACCGGUGCAUGUACAACCUGGAGAACUUUUACGACUUCAGGACGGCCUGCGUCAAUGCGGUCGCCCUGUUGGAAAGGUGCCUGCCGCCCGACGACACGGUUUCGGAAGAUGCGCAGAAGCAACCGGAACAGAGCUCGGAGCUGCGCACCGAGCUGCUCAAGGAGAAGGAAAACAUGCCGAUACUCAUUCCCGAGGCUCCCAUAGUGAACCCCAAUGCGGCACUAGGGACCCCACCGAGAUUGAAUUCCGAUGGCGAGUCGGACCGCGAGGUCGAGGAGGUCCUCGAACAGAGUGGCACGGAUGAAGGUGUGGACGACCCCGAAGACCCGAAGUCCGACGAGUACGAGAUGGACAUGGAGACGAAUCCUAGCGACUUCCUGGAGAUGACGUCGAUGGUCACCGAAGACGUGGAGGAGAGCGAACCCGCGACUCCGCAGACCGGACCACAAGAGUCCGGGGUGUUCCAGCACACGAUGGAGCAGCACGAGGUGUAUGUCUGUUCCCUCUGCAACAAGGCUUUCAGCUCGAAGGGGCACCUUUCCUUGCACGCCAGGAUCCACGUGGGUGCCGGAGACGUGAUCGGCGAGAAAGUCAUCACCGACGACCACACGUCCUACAAGAGACCUUACCAGUGCGACCUCUGCAACAAGUCGUACUCCACGGCGAAGCAUCGGUGGGGACACGUCUCGACGACGCAUCGGGGUCAUCCGGCUGUGACUUGUGGUUAUUGCUCGAGGAUCUACUCGACGAGGACGAAUCUCGAGGAGCACAUAAAGUCGCGACACGCGGGUCUGCCGCCACCUCCGGAAUUGCAGAUGCCUUACGUACAGCCGGAGAACCGGUACCAGUGCAAGAACUGCCCGAAGAUGUACACCAACGUGACCGACCUCAACAAGCACAGCAGGGUGUGCUCGAGUGAGCGGCGAAAGGACCCGCCGACCAGCAAGACCAUCGUCCAGAAGAGCAAGAACCUCGUGGACACGUCCGACUUGUCGAGCCUGGACUCGAACGACGAGAGCAAAGACUACAAGAGCGCCGAGGCGAAACUCGCGAAGAAUCCUCAGUUGACCAUCCUGAAGCAGGCGUUGACCAAAGGGGACAGCUUGAAGCGGGACUUCGAGGACAAAGGCAGAACGAGCGGGAAGCCGAAGAAGGUUGCCAGGACAGAGAGCACCGAAAUCGACGGACAGAAGAGGUGGUACUGCGAGACCUGCCCACACUCGUUCACCUCAGUGGAGAGCCUGAAGGAACACGAGCAGACCCACGACGCAGACAAGCCUUACGUUUGUAUAUUAUGCGAAAAGGAUUUCGUCCUGAAGUCCUCCCUCAGCAGGCACAUUUUGGCGUCUCACGGGGUGGAUCCUUCGCCGAUAGUAGAUAGCGACAAGUGCUUGAAGAAGGUGGUCAUGGCGCAAGCCCAAGCUGCUGUAAAAGAAGCUCCUGUUGCCAUCAAAGAGUCGGACUCGACAUGUUCCCCAGAGACCAAUGCGGACAACGAAGAAGAGGAUCGGGAAAGCAGCCACGAGAACAUGAUCGAGAUCGAGACGGUAUUCGUUUGCGAGAUCUGCACGAGAGACUUCAACGACAGAGCGUCUUUGUGGCUGCACAUCAGGGCGACCCAUAAGGAGUUUGCGGCCUUUGCAUGCGGUGUUUGUCUGAAAAUCUGCUCCGACAACGCGCAGCUACUAAACCACGUGAACAUGUACCAUGGAACGUCGAAUCUCCUCGUCUCUGAACAAAGAAGGUACAGUUGUACGAUAUGCGGGAGGCAGCACGACUCCAGAAAGAAGCUGAUAACUCAUGUCUCGAUACACAAUGUGGAUCCUAGCUACGAUCCGGCGAGUUUCGUACAGCUGAACAACAAUUAUUAUAACGAGAGCAUGAACAGCAACGACGCGAACGAGCAGACGUUGGAUUUCGACGGGGAGGACGGGGAGAAGGUUGGCUGUUAUAUUUGUUAUAAGUCCUUUCCAAACGAGGAUCACCUUAUACGGCACCAACGAAACGCUCACAAGUCGGAAUCGAUAGUUCCGAUAGGAGACCCUGCCGGCAACGGAAGUGGCUCGGGGGCGAAUUCGGGAAAUGGAAACCGUGCACAAUAUCAUCUGUUUUUCGUCUGCGAGCUGUGUGGAAGUUCACACCCGAGUAAAUGGGAACGAUGGCUCCAUGUCAGCAGCACUCACAGCAACGAGCCAGCUAUCAGGUGCGAGCGAGAAGACUGCGGGAAGAUAUUCGCGACGAAGUCGCUGCGCAAUGAGCACGCCCAGCAUCAUCUUAUCCAAGGAGCGUCUCCGAACACUUGCGAGAUCUGUGGGAAGCUGUGGGGCAGUCGAGUGGAUUAUUGGAAGCAUGUAAUGGGCGUCCACUCGGAUACGGUACCCCUGAUCUGUGGGGUGUGCCUCAAGGUGUUCCCCGAUGUCCUACAACUGAGUGCCCAUGUUAAAACGAACCAUUGGCCGCUGACCAACGGCGAUUUCAGCUGCGACAUCUGCGGUAGGCCGUACUCGAACAAGUCGAAGAUGUCGAGGCAUCGGAAGAUCCACGGGCUGGACGCGGAUAGGUUCAGCUACGGCCUCGGCGAGUCUCCGAACGAGACCCUGAAGACCGGCAGAGGCGACUCGGCCGAGGGCGAGUUAACUUGCGAGAUCUGCGCCGACCUGAAAUUCGGGAAUCUGGAGGAACUGUGCAACCACAGGCGCAGUACCCACGGCUUGUUCCCCUGCGACCUGUGCAACAAGUGCUACGGUAGGACGUCCCACCUGUGGAAGCACGUGAACCGCGUCCACAAGGGUCACAAGGACGUAACCUGUCGGUACUGCAUGAAGACCAGCGCGUCCAAGGACCACCUGGCGACCCACAUCGCUAAGAUUCACAGGUACGAGCCGGACACAAAGAAAGAGAUCCGCGACUCGGCCAGCUUCAAGUCCUUCGCCGGAGAGGACGAGGCUCUUCAUCAUUGCGAGAAGUGCAACAAGGGCUUCCACAAGCGGUAUCUGUUGCGCCGCCACAUGAAAGGCUGCCAGAACUAUCGAAAAGACCCUGGAGCUUUGCUGACCAGGUGCCGAGCCUGCGAGAGGAUCUUCAAGGACCGUGCCAGUCUCCAGAAGCAUAUCGAGAACCACCACAGUAGCUACACCUGCCACCUCUGCAACGAGACCAUCACGUCCAAACUAGGUAUCAUGACGCACAACCGCGUCAAGCACAUGGACCAUCCUGAUCUGACCUGCGACCAUGCCAACUGUAAGAAGCUCUUCCGCACGAAGGAGGACCUGGAGUCGCACAAGAAGGACCACAAGUACCACACCACGCCGAACGUCUGCGACUUUUGCGGCGACACGGUGGAGAACAAACUGAAGCUGAAAAUGCACAUCCUGUCGCUGCACAGGAACGAGAUCGGCGUGUCGUGUGGAGUGUGUCUGAUCCCAAUGAAGGACCCGAAGGACCUGAAGAAGCACGUGGAGGAGGUACAUCGCGGGAUCCUGUCCAAGCCGAAUACCUGUAAAGUUUGCGGUAAACAAUACGCCUCCAAGUGGAAGGCAUUCGAUCACACCAAGAAGUGCCACGGGAAAGUGUUCAGGACGUGCAAGCAGUGUCUAGCGGUGUUCACCAGCGACGCGGACAUACGCCAUCACUACGAGCUCGUCCAUAAUGUCCCGAAGGACCAGCUGGCAGGCUUCGAGUUCCGUCUGGACGUGGGACCCAAGCCCGAGGAGUUCGACCCGGCGGAACUCAUGGUCAAGAAAGAGCCGGAGGACCUCGAGUUCGACGAGAUGCCCUACGACGAGGACUCGAACGACUCUAAACGCAGGCGGUCCAUCAGCGACACCUUCGACUGCGAGAUGUGUCCCGGGAUCUUCUUGAACCACGAGACCCUGGCCGAGCAUUAUCGGAAUGUCCACAGCACCGACCCCUCCAGGAUGUUCAAGAAGAUGAAGCUGGACGGCAGCAACGCCCAUAGGAAGAUGCGCGACCGGGAGAACUUCGAGUGCAAGAACUGCAAGCGGCAGUUCUGCACGAAGACGCUCUUCUGGAACCACAUCAACGUCUGCACCAGGCGGACCGGAAAGGACGAGGCGUGCGGCGCGUUCCCGGGCUCGAUCUUGGAAUCUCACCUGAAGAACAACAACCAAAUCAAGAAGGAGGAAUUGGAGCCCAUGGAGAACGAGGCUAACCUGAACAUACCGGACUUCAACCUCUUCGAGGACAUCAACCUGCAAUUGUCUGGUCAGAAGCCGGUGCCAAAUCUCAUGCCUCUCGCCCAGAUGGGCGGGAAGUCGUCUUCAGGGUCGAAGUGCUCGAGGAAGGACUCGCGGAAGGUCUACGACGAGUCGACUAACACCGAGUGCGCCUGCGAGGUCUGCGGGAAACAAUGGCCGGCGAAGAAACACCUGUGGCAGCACCUGAUCCGCUUCCAUCGAGCCGAGGCUGCCGUCACCUGCGGGGUUUGCCUGAAGCUCUGCAAGACCUACGAGGACCUCGCCGACCAUCUCAAGGCGCACGAGGCCAUCCUGAAGUGCGAGGGCAACAACUUCACCUGCAAGACCUGCGGCAGGUACCACAAUGCUCGCAGCAAACUGUUGCUCCACAUGAGCAUCCAUAUCAACCUCAACGGAAACGCCUGGUGCCGAGGGUGCCAACAGAGCUUCGAGAGCGAGGAGAAGCUCGCCGAACAUGCCACCAGCUGCACCAUGCAGCAAGCUGAAUUCGAGGAACAGAGCAACGACAUGGAGGGCAGCUCGAAGAGGGAGAACGAGAAUGACGGGAAGAGCAGCGUCGCGGGUGACGAGAACUCAUUAACGGGCGAGGUCGAAGAGGUCGAGUUCGAGUCCGAAGCCGAGGGCGACGGGUCCGACCAGGACGGCAGUAACUCGGAGAACAGCGACGACUCGGACAGCAUGAGCGACGCGAGUUCCAGCGACGACGACGACGAUGACGACGACGAGGACGAGAACAGAAACGAGAACGGGGCAGAGAACGACGAGGAAGCUGAGUCGAGGUCGAAUAGCAGGGCGAGCGAAAACAGCAACAACAGUAACAACAGUAACAACAGUAACAACAGCGACAACAGCAACAGCAGCAACAGCAGUAACAGCGAGGAUGAGGACUCGAGCGACCUCGAAGAAGGCGAGGGCAGCGACGACGACGACGAUGAGGAUGAGGAAGAGGACGACGACAGCGUCACUAAGGACCCCGAGGAGCAGGAGGUCAGCCAGGAGAGGACCUUGGACAGGGAAGAGUAUAAGACCGAGCUCGAGGUCGAGGACGACUUCGAGGCGGAGGAGGUGAAGAUGGAGGUCAACAGGGUGAAGUAUGAUGAGACCUCGCUGAACGUCAGAGGAGGAAAGUACUCAGGGGAUCACAGAGGGCAGUUCGAGGCGUCGUCGAGAUCGCACGUCAAGCCGCAAGCCAUGGACUACUCGGACGAGGACGAGGACGAUGAUGGACCUCCCAUACUGAGUCCCAUGAUGCCGUUGAAUUCGAGAGAGGCGGCAGACCGGGACGGCGACGCGCGCCAGGGGCUCAGUCCGAUGGUUUCGAUGGCGGUGAAGAUGGAGCGCGAGGUCGAGGUCGGCGAGCUGGACGAAAUCAGGCACGAGAUCGCUAGGGGUCGCUCGGCCUCGUCGACGAGUUCUCCCCAGUUCUACCAGGACUCGAUGAGCGAGAAGGGGUCGAAGGCGAGCGCCAGCGUGCUGGCGGGGAUCCUGGAAUCCGGCUCCGAGGAAGGAGAGGACGAGGUCGACAGCAGGCUAGGCGAGGACGAGGACGCCGAGGAGGGGCAGGAGGAGCCCGAGGAAGAGGUCGAGGACGCCGGGGGCAAGGUCGACUACACCGGGAGGUUCGGGAACGAGGGCGACUCCGCCGAGGGCCAAGUCUCUCGCAUGGAGGACUCCGGCGACGAGACCUUCGGCGAGCGCUCCGACGCCGAGGAGAUCGAUGCCGUCGAGGUCGAGGUCGAAGCCGAGGCCGGCAUGCAGAUCCACGACCUCAACGGCACCGUCCUCAUGGUGGCUAACGACUCGGACGGCAACCAGAUCUUGAUACAGCAGAACGUCGGCGACCUCGCCGGGGAGGCCGACCAGAUGGUCACCCAGUUCGUCUACCAGGAUGGCCAAAACUAUGGACUCGGCUACAGGAUGGCGGCGACGCAUGCGCAGGGCGCGCCCAUGCAUUCCGUGGAGAUUCGCGAGAUCACCGACGAGAACGAGGACGUCUUCGGGGACGAGGAGGUCGCCGGCGCCCAGAUGGACGGAGACCUCGAAGAGGACGACGAGGACGAGGAGUCCAAGCUGGGCCCUGGCAACGAGCAGGGCCUCGAGCUCGAGGCUCAGUCUAUGGAGGAGUGGACCGAUGGGGAUUUGAGCGCGAGUGCCAAAGACGAAGUGUCAAGGACGUAAGGGCCCUCGACCUCGACUUUUCCGAGACUCGUUGAGGUCGCUCGAGAGGUCUUCGCCUCCGCGGAAGUGAACGAUUACGGUCGGUCGGACUAUGAGGGAGACCAUGACUGCGUCGCGUGAAGUUUCAUACGUACCUUGAAUGAAAAAAAAAAACAAACAAAAAGUAAAGAAGUAACUGUACAGUUUGUCGUAAGGAUAAGGUCGGACCGGAGUAACCGUGUAAAUUUUUUACGAGAGGCCGCCUCCCGGGUCGGCGGUUCUCCAAAGGGAGGCGCGCCGCAGGGGAUGCGGUGGGCGUUCGUUUUUCUCUUCCUUUCGUUUGGGGGGAUACGUGCCGAAUCGUUUGUAGAUUUCUUUUUUUUUUCCCCUGAAGCUCCUCGAGACGGAGCCGAGGUCGGUGGAUCGCGCGUCGAGGCGGAACGAUUAGAAAUCGACGGAAUUUGAAUAGAUAAGAGUGCGUUGCGAAUGUUCCAUGCGUCCAAGCGAUUGCGCGCUUUCUCGUGCUAAUUCUCGUUAGCAGGUCCUCGCGAAAUCACCGAAUUUGACACGGAAUCAGACCUGGAUGCCUGUUUGGAUGUUACUCGUCCAAUGAAGUACAGAAAAAGCGGCGUCGAUGAGGAAAAUCGGUCCUAGUCCUCGGGGUACACUUUUCGUACCGACCAAGACCAAGAACGAUUUUUUGCUCAUCUUUUGAGAUAAGGCUACCGAUCAACAAUGGCUACCUGUGCACGAUAGGCGGCACGAUAAUCAAUUGUUAAGAAAAUCACAAAGACGUAGAUCGUGUACCGAGUUCGUGUUUAUAAUUUAUUCGAGGGGAGAUGCGAUUUCUUGUAGUUUUUAUCCAAUCAAUCCGUACAACUGGGUACUUAAAACUCGAGCGUUUAUAAGCUGACUAACGAUUUGCAAAUACGUUGCGCGCAAAAGUGCACUUUCAAACGGAUAUCUGGGUCUGUUUGGGACUUCCGUUAGCCCGUUAGAAUUGUUUCCCCAUUUAUCGCCGGCGGCCGGAUUAAUUUAACGUUGCGUGAGACUACCUUUGUUACGCAGUUACCAUUAGUGCGGAUUUAGGAUCGACUUUUUACAGGUUCAGCAUUUAUGCGGCAUUGAUCACAUUAUCGGUCGACCUUGCGAAAGACGUUUCCAUUUAGAUAAGCGAGGGAUCCCGAUUAUUUUAUUCGUGCGAUUAGGCCCAGAGUCAAUAGUUCUUCCUGUACCAAAUUGAUGAUCUUUCUCGAGGAAUGAAGAGGAUACGAGGCGGUCGGGCCCUGUUUUCUUGUUUUUUUUUUCCUUUCUUUCUUUCUUUCUUUCUUCACACUUGAUCAUUCACGCGUUAAAGAGGCGAUAUUACCGGUUGAUCGUGGACCUAUUACCUAUACCUUAUGUCAUUAAACGAAGAAGAAAG